AUGGCCGUAACCUUCCAGGCCGGAGUGAAUCCGCCUGGUGGAGUUUGGCAAGACAGCAAUGGACAUAAAGCAGGAACAGCGAUAUACGCGAGCCGAAAUGUAGCAUUUCAUUUCUUUUUAACUUCGAACACUUUGGCCCUUUCUUCAUCAAUUCUUGUACUGACGUCUCUCACCUACAAAUUCCCUUAUUAUCUUGAGUUGUGGGCUGCAACUCUGGGAAUGUUUGCAACCUAUGCAUCUGCAGUAUUUGCCGUUUCACCUGAUGAAUCAGUGAGAUUUGGUGCUGUUUUUGGCGCUGCCGCUGUGCCUUUCGCGUUUAGUCACCGUAACCUACACGCAGUCGAUCACCGUCGCUUGCAAGCUCUUCAAUUUCAUCGUCGUCAUCUCGCCGACCAAGGAGUCUUCUAUUUCGACGUUCAUAAAACUGCAAAGGAACGACGUCGUGAUUCACAACUGGGUUACUACACAUGCCUCCCCUGUCGAGCCCUGGUCCAGCUUGCCUCACGCCUCCUCUAUCAUGCUAAGGUCCCACCUAUUGUCGUCGUUGAUGAUUAG